GAGUGGGUGUGGCAUGCGUUAAAAUCAAACGUCAGUGACCGAAUGAAGCUUAUAAAAUAGCUUGGGAGAAGCCAGUCAACAAGACCACACAUCUUAAAUUGGAUGAGUUUGCAUGUGGAAACUGCCUUCAUCUUGACGGAAAAGUAUGGACUGUGCCUGACACCGCCAGGUUCUGUGGGCUCCCAUCCUUGAAAAAUGCAUAAUGGAGGGGGAGCAGUUGCAAAAUAAAUCCAUCGAGCUCUAACACCAGGCAGAGCGUGCUCUGAUGGAGGUUCCAUCCAGAGCCCCAAGAUGAUGACGGCGCUGCUGCUCUUUUCUGCUCUGGCCAGCCUCUUCAGUGCCGCAGACGGACAAGCCUUUCACCUUGGGAAAUGCCCGACUCCUCCGGUGCAGGAGAAUUUUGACGUGCACAAGUAUCUUGGACGAUGGUAUGAAAUUGAGAAGAUCCCAGUGAGCUUUGAGAAGGGAAGUUGCAUCCAAGCCAACUACUCGCUAAUGGAAAACGGAAACAUCAAAGUGAUAAACCAGGAGUUGAGACCGGAUGGAACUAUGAAUCAAAUUGAAGGCGAAGCCACCCAGGCCAACCUCACAGAGCCUGCCAAGCUGGGAGUUAAGUUUUUCUGGUUUCACAGCUUUCUCCCAUUUGGGCCCAUUUUCCACUUAACUUUAACAAGUUGGGCUAUGACAUUUCCUUGGCUUGGACCUUGGCUGUGGAGGUCAAAUUCACAGAGGAAGUCUCUGGAUUCAAACGGAGAAGUGAUGCCUUCUGCUCCAUACUGGGUCCUGGCCACCGACUAUGAGAACUACGCCCUCGUGUACUCCUGUACCACAAUCGUCUGGCUUUUUCACAUGGAUCAUGUUUGGAUCUUGGGAAGAAACCCUUAUCUCCCUCCAGAAACAGUGACCUAUCUAAAAGAUAUCUUGACUUCUAAUGAAAUUGACAUAGAAAAAAUGACUAUCACAGAUCAGGUGAACUGCCCUGAGCCACUGUAAGAGGCUCUAAAGGGAACCUGCCUUCACUCAAUGUUGCUUCUUUUGCUUUGCUUCCCCCACCCCACCCUUCAUAAAGACAAACCAACCACGGCAACAUUGCAAACACCAGAGGGGAAAUUUGAAAGCAGAAGCCUGUGGAGAGAAAGUCAAGGAACGCUGGCCCAAACACUUAGCCAUGUACCAUGUUACCUUGCCAGUCUAAUAAUAAACUUGUUGCUGACCUGCUGUGCUCACAGUA